AUGACCAGCUCACCUACAAUUGAUAUCAGUCCAGACCCCCUCACUGAUUCUGAUUUGGAGAUGCACUGUCUGGGUGCAGAAGGCCAGGGUCAAUGUCAUUCUGACUGGGCUUUCAGUGCAACUGGUGCCAUAGAAGGACAGUGGGCAAAAAGGCAUGGAAACCUGGUUUCUCUCAGUGAACAGAAUCUGAUUGAUUUUCAAGGCAUCAACUCUGAGGAAACUUACCCUUACACAGGAAAGGAUACAGACUACUGCAGAUUUCAGCCAGAUAAAAUUGCUGCGAAAAUCACUGACUACAAAUGGGUUUGGGGAGGCGAGGCAGCAUUGGAACAGGCUGUGAGAGAGAUAGGACCGAUGUCUGUUGUGAUUAAUGCAAGUCUGAAAUCCUUUCAACAUUAUAAAGGAGGAGUUUACUAUGAUGAAAAUUGCAAUGGAUAUGUAACCGAUGAAGUGCUGGUGGUUGGUUUUGGAAUUGAGGAUGGAAUGAACUAUUGGCUGGUUAAAAACAGCUGGGGAACAGACUGGGGUGAAGACGGGUACAUCAAAAUUGCUAAGGAUAGAGGGAAUCACUGUGAAAUUGCCAGUUUUGUGCGGUACCCUGUCGUGUAACGAGCCAACUGAUAAAGCAGAGCUUCAUCAAUCCCAGC